CUGAUUAGCACUUUCUCUGCCUUGCUUGUUUGAGCUUCAGCUGAAUUCGAAAUGGCUGGUGGUAAGGCAGGGAAGGACUCUGGAAAGGCCAAAACGAAGGUGGUUUCCCACUCACAGAGAGCCGGCUUGCAGUUCCCGGUGGGCUGCAUUCAUCGACACCUGAAAUCUAGGACGACCAGUCAUGGACGUGUGGGCGCAACUGCCGCUGUGUACAGUGCAGCCAUCCUGGAGUACCUCACCGCAGAGGUACUUGAACUGGCAGGAAAUGCAUCAAAAGAUUUAAAGGUAAAGCGUAUUACCCCUUGUCACUUGCAACUUGCUAUUUGUGGAGAUGAGGAAUUGGACUCUCUCAUCAAGGCUACAAUUGCUGGUGGUGGUGUCAUUCCACACAUCCACAAAUCUCUGAUUGGAAAGAAAGGACAACAGAAGACUGUCUAAAGGAUGCCUGGAUUCCGUAUUAUCUCAGGACUCUAAAUAC